AUGACGACCCCUCACGUUAUAGCCUCGUCUUCGGGGCACCACUCUCAAACUGCCACUUCAAAUGGUAUCGUCGGAAACCACUUUCGUGUCGGCAAGAAGAUUGGCGAAGGUUCAUUCGGGGUUGUAUUUGAAGGCACCAAGCUUCUUACAAGCCAACCCGUCGCCAUCAAAUUUGAACCUCGAAAGUCCGAUGCUCCUCAGUUACGGGAUGAAUUUCGAUCAUACAGAACACUGAAUGGUACAGUGGGGGUUCCUCAAGUACACCACUUUGGGCAGGAGGGACUCCACAAUGUCCUAGUAAUUGACCUUCUAGGCCCCAAUUUAGAGGAUCUCUUCGAUAUGUGUGGCCGGAAGUUUACCAUUAAGACUGUAUGUAUGUCCGCAAAGCAGAUGAUAUCUCGCAUUCAGUCCGUCCACGACAAGUCGCUCAUUUACCGUGAUAUCAAGCCUGACAAUUUUCUCGUCGGAGUCCCCGGAACAAAAACCUCCAACACCAUCCAUAUCAUUGAUUUUGGCAUGGCGAAGCACUACCGAGAUCCUAAGACGAAAGUCCACAUUCCUUAUCGUGAGCGCAAGUCCCUCUCAGGCACCGCCCGGUAUAUGUCGAUCAACACGCAUCUUGGCCGUGAGCAAUCGCGCCGGGAUGACCUGGAAUCGCUAGGUCACGUAUUCAUGUACUUCUUGCGUGGCGGCCUUCCCUGGCAAGGUCUUAGGGCCGCAACCAAUAAGCAGAAGUAUGAGAAGAUCGGUGAAAAGAAGCAGACUACACCGAUUGCGGAGUUGUGCGAGGGUUUCCCCGAGGAGUUCGCGAUCUACAUGAACUACGUCCGCAAACUCGGGUUUGAGGAAACUCCCGACUACGAUUUUCUCCGAGAACUCUUUACCAAAGUGUUGAAGAAUAUCGGCGAGCAGGACGAUGGCAUCUUUGACUGGAUGUUGAUCAACAAUGGCAAAGGUUGGGAGGCCAGCAAUACACCCGCAUCACUACUAGCACAGGCUCAUGCUACUGUUAAUGCACCUCAUACUCCUCGUCAUCGUGAGACCAGUCGUCGCCCGCGGGCACAACUUACAGAUGGUUCAGCGCCUUCUACUCCUCUCGUCCUCGCGCCCACUCCCGCUCACAUCAAGAACAGCACUAGACGUCCAGGCACACGAGAAGGACAUGGUAGUCGAGACCCUGGCGCUCGUGCUGAUAUCAGUGUACAGCCCAUCGCUCCUGUUAGCAGGCGCGCGAGUCAGACACCCCGAGAGAGUUCGGGACUCGCACCUCCUCACCCUUACGCCACAGCGCCUACUUCCUCGGGGUACCGGGCGAGUAACGGUUACGGCAGGCAUUCACCAGUUACUCAUGCUGCAAAUGUGACCAACGGCAAUAAUCUCGUUGGGCGCAACGACGCUUCAGAUUCGUUCCUCUAUGGCGCGCAGGUCCACGCUGCCAAAAACCCGACCAACUCGCGAGAGGACACAACCGCAGGAACCCUGGCCCGCGAUGCUGGGCAGAUGCGUGGAAUGACUGCGUUUGAGACCCAAAGGCAUGGUGUUGAUGAUGUGGAUGAUGACAGACAUCCUAAGCGGAAGGGCUUCUUCUCCGGCCUGUUUUGCUGCCGGGCAUAG